UCUUGGAAAGAGAGAGUCCUGGGAACUAGUGGCGGUCAACUCUAAAAACAGCAACAUUACGUAUUUUAAUAUGGCGAAUUGAAAGCAUUUCAAAAUGGGGUUUAGCAAGCAGAAACUUAAGGUGAAUUUAAAGCUGGCCAUUAACCGACUCAAACUUCUGGAAAAGAAAAAGACGGAAUUGGCACUGAAAGCAAGGAAAGAAAUCGCUGAUUAUAUAAACAAUGGAAAAGAGGAAAGAGCGAGAAUUAGAGUGGAGCAUAUUAUCCGAGAAGACUAUUUAGUUGAAGCAAUGGAGAUGUUAGAAUUGUUCUGUGAUCUUCUGUUGGCCAGAUUUGGUUUAAUUGAGACCCAACAAUUCUGUGAUGAAGGAAUGAUCGAGGCAGUCACAACCUUAAUCUGGGCAGCACCACGGCUUCAGUCAGAUGUUCAGGAGUUACGAGUGAUCUCUGACCAGCUAGGACUGAAAUAUGGCAAAAAGUUUGGACAUGAAGCUGCGAUCAAUGCCAAUAGUACAGUGAAUCAAAGACUCAUCUUGAAACUUGAUCCUAGACCACCACCAAAGACACUAGUGGAAAAUUAUUUGAUAGAGAUUGCUCGCAGUCAUGGUGUACAGUUUGAACCUGAUCCAUCAGUGCUAGGAGAAGCUCAGAUACCUCCUGAUGACGACAUCAAGCCAAGGCCACCUAGUGGAGGAGGUUCUAGCGGUGGAGGAGGUCACAUUGGAUUUGAGGGCUAUGGAGCAGGCUUUAAUGGGCCUAGUAUUCCACCCAUGACAGGAGGUAACAUGGGAUAUGCAGCAUACCCUCCACCAACACAUGGAAAUGUCCCACCCUACCCCUCUGGUCCACCAGAUGUACCACCCAGUUAUCCCUCAGAAAAAAAGCUACCUCCCUACCCUGGGGGCCCUUUUAACAACCACAAUGCUGCCCCCUCUCCACCAGCUCCUCAUCAGCCUCCUGCUCCCAGUGCACCACGCCCUUCAUCAGGCCCCAGUUUCCCAGACCUUCCUGCAGUACCUACAGAUUUACCAAACUUGCCUGACAGUAUUCCAGGGGGGAACAGUGCUGGCGGUGAAGAUGUAGACUUUGAUGAUCUUACUAGGAGAUUCGAAGAUCUUAAGAAGAAGAAGUAGACUUUGCAAAAAUUUUUGUUCAUGAAUGUUGUGAAAUGUAAUCAAGCUCAUGCUGUCUUUAAAUACAAUUUUGUAGUCACUGGUAAAUCUGCCGUUUGUAUCAGUAAUUUUAUGCCACUCUCUCAGGAUGGGUGUUGGAGCAAUUUUCACUUGGUGUACAAAAUUCUUUUCCAACCAUUUGAUUGGUCUACAAAAUUUAUAUCAUCCGCUCAACCAAUCAGAUGUAAAAUGACUAUAUAUGUAAAACCAAUCAGGGCUUAGUUAAUCCUGUAGCCAAGGUUUUUGAGUUGUGUUGAAUUCUAGGUCCAAUGUUAUUAUAUUUGCCUUUAUCCGAUUACCUUUUGUGGUUUUUUUGUUGAGACAUCACAUUAAUGAAUCAAAGAGCACUCCUUUCUGGCCCCCAUCCAUGUUGUUGUACAUUUGGCUCUGGUUUUUCAAAGGUCAGGUAAUGCUAUUUACUGGAUAAAUUUCCAUCCACUGGAUAAUGCUGUAUGUUUUGCUAUCUCUUAUCUGCUGGAUGGCAAUUUUUCUGUUGGAUAGUGUUAUCUGCCCUUUUUACAACUGGGCUCUGUCCAGUAAUAUAUCACAGAUGAGGUCAAAAUGUGGUGAAAACUAAACAAAUGGCGCAUGAGGCCCGGUCAAGUGUGUCACUGAAGUACUUACCACAUAUUGAAGUCUUCUGUGAUCUAUUCUUAUACAGACUAACAGCAACAUGGAAUUUAUUUGUUUUUUAUGAUGACAAAGCAAAAGUUUGUUAAUGGCGAGGCCAUCCAUGCAUCUGUUCUCCAAUAAAUCAUGAACCAUGAGCAAGAACCAAUCAAAAUACUUGCAUAAUUCAGCUUAUUAUAUAAUUUCAAAUAAUGCACAGAGUAUGUAUCUUUUCAGGGAGGUAUGUCACACUGAAUUUCGCAGAUUACCAGAUGUGAUUAAGAAUAUAAUUUUUUUUCUAGUCUGUUUA